UUAUUCUCCACUCUCUCCUCCACAUCGCGGCUCUGUUAAGAACUCUGAAUUAGGGUUUCAAAAUCGCCAUGGGAGAUCGGGUUCUGCAGCAAUGGCAAAGAACUUGAGCACAGCAAGUAGUAUGUCUACUAGAUGUUGAGCAUUGGGAGUGGAAGAUGGGUGAAGAAUGGCAUCAAUUUUACUCCUCAGCCUAUCAAGGAACAUACAGAAAUCUUCACCAGCCAGCUGUCAUAAUUGGAGGAUGCUUUGUAGUAGUAGCAUUGGUCCUUUCCAUCCUCCUCAUUUUUCAACAUCUCAGAUCAUACACCAAACCAGCAGAACAAAAAUGGAUUGUUGCGGUUCUUUUCAUGGUUCCAGUGUAUGCUUGCCAGUCUAUUAUAUCUUUGUGGAACUCAAGAUUGUCUCUUGCUUGUGAUAUUUUAAGGAGCUGCUAUGAAGCAUUUGCAUUGUAUUCUUUUGGUAGCUAUUUGGUUGCCUGUCUAGGUGGAGAAGAAGUAGUCAUAGAACUGCUUGAAAAUGAAUCAAGAAAGCAGCUCAGCAAGCCAUUGCUAGAAGGAGAGGAUGAGAAACAAUGGUUACAAGAAAAAUCGCUAAGGAACUUCUUCACGAGACCAUGUGUGCUUGGGAAAGACUUGCUCAGAAUAGAAAAAUCCGGUCUUGUACAAUACAUGAUUUUGAAGACAGUUUGUGCGUUCUUAGCAUUUGUGUUGGAGCUCUUUGGCGUUUAUGGUGAUGGGGAAUUCAAGUGGCACUAUGGGUAUCCUUACAUGGCUGUGGUGUUGAACUUUAGCCAAAUGUGGGCAUUGUUUUGCCUCGUGCAAUUUUACAAUGUAACUCAUGGAAGACUUCAAUCAAUAAAACCACUUGCAAAGUUCAUCAGUUUCAAGGCUAUUGUGUUUGCUACAUGGUGGCAAGGCGUGGGUAUUGCAUUGUUGUGUUCACUUGGAGUUUGGCCCAAGCAGGGGAAGUUUCAAACUGGUUUGCAGGACUUCUUAAUAUGCAUAGAAAUGGCCAUUGCAGCAGUGGCUCACGUUUUUGUCUUCUCGGCAGAACCGUAUCGUUUCCUCCCUGCUUCUGAGUAUGAAGAAGUGACCACAGAAACAACUAAAGCAGAGGUGAAGUUAGAGGAGGGUGACGAGGAGAAACCCUCUGUUCUUGAAACAACAGAAACUCAAAUAAAGGCUCCGGGAACAAGUAUCACUGAGAGUGUUCAGGACAUUGUUCGAGAGGGUGGUCAACAUGUUGUCAAGGAUGUUGUACUGACCAUAAAUCAAGCAAUAGAACCUGUGGAGAGGGGUGUGACUAAGAUCCAGGAGACCUUCCACCAGAUCUCGGUUGGUUCAGGCAAGGAAGAAGACACAGAAUUGGUACUAGAGAAACAGGAACAUGACCACAAAAAUCUUACCGAAAGCGAAGAAAAUCUUCCAGGAAGCCUAGAUCUGAAGAAAAUGUAGCCACGUAAGUUGUAGAGAAUUGUCCAAAGUAAUUUUUUAUCAAGACAUUUUUGUCGGUUUUAGAUUAGUAUUACACAGUACGAUUAAAAUUGAGUUUCUUUUCCCAGUUUAAGAAAACCUAGAAUAGCAGCAAAUUCCCUUGGAUUAUCUGCCUGUCAUCGAACUAGGAUAGAUCCUAAACAGCUCUUA